AUGAGUCUGAUCGUUAGAAAGCAAGUGAACCGGUUGUCUAUUUCUCCAGACAAACGACUUCUAGCAGCCGCUAUCUACACUAAAGUACAUAUUUAUGACAUAGCUGGUAAUUCCAGUACCCCACGAGCUGUUUUCGAAGGUCACAAAGGAAACGUAACGUCAGUAUCUUUUCAUUCCGAAGGAAAGUGGGUUGUCACUGGGAGUGAGGAUGGCACCAUUCGUAUAUGGGACUUGAGAACAUCAAACCUCCAUCGAGUAUAUGAAAUGAAGUACCUAGGCGAAUUAAUUUCUUGUGACCAAGCAGGAAGGAUUCGCCAGUGGGACCUUACUCUUCAGGAGGAAGCUUGCACUGUUGAGCUGGCACCUGCUGGUGAUAUCCCGAUUCGUUCUAUUAGCAUAGCAUCGGACGGUUCAUGCUUGGUAGCCGGAAAUAACAAGGGUCGUGUCUAUGUGUGGAAGAUCAAUGAGAGCACACGCGACGGCCCCCGCUACCAAGCCAUAACGAAGUUCCAAGCACACAACAAAUACUUGACACGGUGUCUUUUAAGUCCCGAUGUAUCUUGCGACGUGUUCGGCAGACACAACCGUCAAGAGGGCUUGUUGGUUCCAAACUAUGAAUUCAAGUUAGACAAAACCUUGCACGGACACCAGCGUUGGGUAUGGGAUGCUGCAUUCAGUGCAGACUCAGCUUAUCUCGUAACGGCUUCGUCGGACCAUGUUGCACGGUUAUGGGAAUUGUCUUCCGGAGAAACGGUACGACAGUAUAAUGGGCAUCAUAAAGCGGCCGUUGGAGUUUCUGCCAAGGAAUUGGUGGUCCAUCAUGCUGGUGACAACGGCGCGAAAACGCGAAAACUUGCUACAAGCCUAAAGAACGUGUUGUAUGCAGAAAUAGCAUCUGGAAACAUUCUCAAAAUCGCAACCUUGGCUCGCCAGAAGAAAUCACAUAGACUUGUGAUAGUUGAAGGACAAAUACGUGAGCCGGACACGGGCGAAACAGCACAAGUUUGGGUUGAUGAAUUGAUGAGAUUGGCUUAUGGCGAUGUAUCGCCCCGUCGCCGGUUCAAGGUUUUCGUGAAUCCUGCUGGUGGACGGGGGAAAGGUGUUCAAUUAUUCGAAAAAAAGGUCAAACCUAUCUUAUUGGCCGCCCAUGGCGAAGUGGACGCUGUUGUGACUACCCACUCCAAACACGCUGUCGAACUAGCUCGAGAGUGUGACCUGGAUUUUGAUGCCCUACUAACUGUAUCGGGGGAUGGCCUUGUCUUUGAGGUUUUGAACGGGUUUCGGGAGCGACCCAGACGUGCCAAAGCGUUUGCACUUCCAGUGUGUCCUAUUCCAGCUGGAAGCGGAAACGCUCUUUCCAUUAGCCUUUUGGGACCAAAGGAUGGAUUCGAUGUGGCUCUUGCGGCUCUGAACGCCAUUAAAGGCCAACGGAUGCCAUAUGAUCUCUGUUCAUUCACCCAAGACGGAAAGACGAGUAUAUCAUUCUUGUCCCAAGCUAUUGGGCUUAUGGCAGACCUUGAUCUAGGUACUGAGAAUAUGAGGUGGAUGGGGGAUACUAGAUUUAUCGCAGGCUUCCUCAGAGGAGGUGAGGUCUUGAUACUCUACUCUGGGACUAUGUCCUAUGUGGGUAGAGACCUUAUGGCGUUCCCGGUGGCACUUCCGUCGGAUGGACUAAUUGAUAUCACGGUUCAAGAGUUGGUACCCAGACCUUUAAUGGUAAAAAUGAUUUCUGGUGGAGAAAAGGGAGAUCAGUUUUUGGCUUCCAACGAAGCGUACAGACUCCGCCACGAAUUCCACGUUGAGACCCUCAAAGGCCUUGGUACAACCUUGAGCAUGACUGGAGCGUGGUAUUCAGGUGACUUUGGCAAAGGGAAAACACUGAAAAUGCCUCCCAAGUCGACUGCCGCUGAGAAGAAGCCCGCCUCUACUGCCGGCAAGGCACCAGCUAAGGCUCCUGACUCGGCCAAAAAGACUGCUGCAAAGGCAUCGGCCUCUGGAGGAGCUGCUGAUGGCGAGAAGAAGAAGCGCAAAAAGUCCCGCAAGGAGACUUACUCUUCCUACAUCUACAAGGUGCUCAAGCAGGUGCACCCCGAUACUGGUAUCUCCAACAAGGCGAUGGCCAUUCUCAACUCGUUUGUUAACGAUAUCUUUGAGCGUAUUGCCGAGGAAGCUUCCCGCCUUGCUUCGUACUCGAAGAAGUCGACCAUCUCGUCGCGCGAGAUUCAGACCUCUGUGCGACUAAUCCUUCCUGGUGAACUUUCUAAGCACGCCAUUUCUGAGGGUACCAAGUCCGUGACCAAGUUCUCGGCUGGUGCUGGUGGAAAGUAA